CUGUCUGAGACCAGUUUGACGGUCCAAGCCAAUGCAGAUAGGCUACUGUGGCUAAUUUGAAGACUCAUCUAUUCCUAUUAACAGGUGACAAACAUGCAGUAUCCUUCUAUUGCAGGACAACCUGAGUCAUGUACUGCAGAUCAAACGUCCGAGGACUCAAAAGAAGAUGAUGCCAGCACACAGGUGACAAAAAGACAGUAUCCUGAUGUGGGAGUCAAAUAUGAGACAUUCAUUGUAGAUCAGACUUCCAACAAUGACUCAAAGGGAAAUGAUUUUAGCACACAGAUGAAUAAACUACCAGCUUUUUCUGAUUCUCUCUAUGAUUCAAGUGAUGAUGGUUCAGAGGGCCUUUCCACUUCUAAUUCUGAAGUGGCUUCACAAAGGCCAAGGAGAGGCUGUAGCAAUCCGAGGGCACCAUCCAGCUUGCGAAGAUCAGCAAGGUUCUCCUGGCAUUGGAAAAGGAACAUCUUGGGGAAUUCCAAGGGAAGAGUCUGGACGAAAUUCACAUUGAUCCAAAUGACACUGUUGAUGUGGCGUUGGUAUCUCAAGAAGAUAUGGAAGAUUCCAUCAUGUCAGAUGAACAGGGGUCAGAACAAGAAUUCAGUGUGACAUCCCUGGAAGACUGCAGCUCCACAGAAAUGAGAGGUUAGUUUAGAAGAGUAACAGAAUUACAGUUUGAGGGGUUCUUUUUCCUUUUUAAGACACAAGCCAUAGAAUAAGUUACGUUUAUUUAUUUGAACAUUUUUCUUUUUGUACCGAGAUGGCAAUGUGUCAGAAGAAGAAAAUGAGGUCAGUCGGACAUCCCUGCUUGACUGCAACUCCAAAGUCAAAGCUAAAAACCAGAGGAAAUCAACACAAAAGAGAGGUUCGUUUAGAGGAAUAACAGAAAGUUUUGAGUGUUUUCUAUGUACAAAGAGCAUAGAAUAGAGGACAUGUAACAGUGAUUGGAAUCACCUGAAAGAACAGCAUCAGCAUACCACUUAAAGGCCCCAUAAAGUGAGUUUUGACAUCGUUUCUAAAUACAUUAUAUGUACAUGUAGAUAGUUGCUGAAAACGUGCAAAAUCUGAGAAAUAAGCGGUAAGGAAUUGUGGAGAUGUAGCAUUCAAAAUAUUUUUGACCAAGUCUGUCAUCCUUGGGCGUAGCUAAAAUGGUUGGGCGUAGCUAAAAUGGUUUCCCCUUCCCCACUUUAUAUUAAUUCAAAGUGCCUUGCUUCAAAAAAUCAUCUAUCCAUUGCAAUUGCAAGUUACUUUGUUAUAAUCACAUUGUUCAUUUCUACCACAACAGCAUGCAGUUAGCUAGCUAGAUAUGCCGACACCCCAGAUGCUUCAAGUUAAAGAACAGCUAAGUGAGUCAUUAUUCUAAAUUCCUAAAAAGUGAGACCAAGCAAGGGGAUUACCAGGCGGCUGCUAAGGUAUGUACCAGUAGUCGUCGUUGCCGUGUGUCCUCUGUCACUUUAACACUGCCUUCAGGCCAGCCUCCAGUGGAAAAGAGUAUAAGUCAAGCCAGCCACCAUUUUCUUAGUAUUAGCUGUAUUUACAUGAAGUUUGCACUUAUGGCCUAUAGGUUGUGUCCCUACACUACACAGCAACCAGCAUGUCAACAUGGUGUUUUUUUGGGGUAUCAACAGCCUUUCAUAUAACGCCUUAUUGUUGCUGGAAAGAAAAUACUCAACCAUUUCUGUACCUAACAUUGUAUUAUCAGAAACAAAAAAAAAGAAUAACAGAGAACUAUACUUGUGCCUUUGUAUUGAGUAUAACCAAAAGAGAUACACAAAAAUGCAUGCCUUAUAACAGGGAAUACCGAGGUUAUACCAUAAUUUAAUGAUCAGAAAAUAUUAAACUAAAAAUCAAACGCCCAAAUGGUACUAUUCCUUGUUUUUAAACACAUCUCAAUGUAAA